AUGCAGCAGCAGCAGCAGCAGCAGCAGCAGCGGCAGCAGCAGCAGCAGCAGCAACAGCAGCAGCAGCAGUCGUGCGACAGCUCCAUAACUGCAGGGGAAAAAGCAUUCAUGAGUUCGAGUGUAGCUGACCGGCAGCUGCUGCUGCAGCAGCUGCGCAUGCAGCACGAGCAGCAGCAGCACAUUCAGCAGACAAAGCGAAAUACACCGCAGCAGCAGCUGCCACAGGGCCAGCAGCUCUCGCUGCAGCAGCUGCAGCAGCUGCAGCAGCUGCAGCAGCUACAGUUGCAGCAAAAUAUCAAUCAGCAGCUUCAUAUGCAGCAACAGCAGUUUUUUCCGCCGCAGCAACGAAUGCCACUGCAGCAACAACUUGAGCAGCAGCAGCAGCAGCAGCAGCAGCAGCAGCAGCAACGCCUUCAGUCUCAGCAGCCACUGCUGCAAGAGGGCUUUACGAAUCUGCUGCAGCCACAACUAAAAGUUCAGCAGCUGCCCCAGGUGCUGCAGCAGCAGCAGCAGCAGCAGCAGCAACAGCGACCUUCGGCGCAGCAGGCAGCAGCAGCAACAGUGCAGCAGCAAAGAUUACAGAGUCAACCGCCUCAACAGCAGCUCUGGCAGCAGCUGACGAAGCAAGAACUGCAGCAGCAACUGCAUGCGCGACAGCAGCAAAGGCUCAGUGCUCAGCCCUCGAUGAACCGCCUGCAGCUGCUGCCUAAGGAUCAGUUAGUGCUGCAGCAGCAGCAGCAACCGUUGCAGCAACUGCAGCAACCCUUGCAGCAGCAACAACUGUUGCAGCAGCCGUUGCAGCAACAGCGACAGUUGCAGCAGCAGCAACUGUUGCAGCAGCAGCAGCGACCGUUGCUGCAGCAGCAGCCGUUGCAGCAGCAGCAACAACUGCUGCAGCAGCAGCAACUGCUGCAGCCGGGACAACCAGUGCCGGUGCAAAGGGUAUUGCUGCCUCACGUAAAGCGCCCGCCCCAGCUUGCUGCGCAGCUGCUGCAGCAGCAGCAGCAGCAGCAGCAGCAGCAACAGCUGCAACAGCAGCUGUUGAGCCCCAUGCCAAGGAGGCGGCAGCUGCAGCUACCGCAGCAGCAGCCGGGGCACUUUUUGCAGGUAGUGCAGCAGCAGAGCCCGCUGCUGCAGCAAGGCGAAGAGCAGCAGCAAUCACGUGGGCCCCAGCAGGAGUUGCAGCAGCAGCAGCAGCCGCAGCAGCAGCAGCAGCAGCUUGCACGUCGGCAGCAAGCUCUGCAGCAGCAGCAAUUGCUGCCGAUGCAGCGACCAGCGCGAUUGAAACAGGAGCAGCUGAUGGAGACCCACUCACAGCAGCAGCAGCAGCUGCAGCAGCAGCUGCAGCAGCAGCAGCAAACCCCCAGUCAUGAACAGCAGCAAACUAUGGGGCACGAGCAGGCACAGCUGCGGCUGCUGCUGCACCAGCUCUCCCACAGCAAUCUGUGGCAGUCGACACACCCUGAGCCGCAGCAGCAACAGCAGCAGCAGCAGCAGCAGCAGCAGCCACAGCAGCAGCAGCAGCAGAAGAUGAGCUCUCCUCCUGGUUGCUUGCCGCUGCAGGCACACGUUUCGCAGCAGAUCGAACAGCUGCGGCAGCAGCAGCAGCAGCCGCGAGAGCCGCUGGCGCCGCAGCAGCAAGCGCAGCGGCUGCUGCACCUGCAGCAGCUGCACCAGAUGCAGCUGAUGCAGCUGCCGCAGCAACUGCAGCAUUUCCAGCAACUCGGCGUCCCGCAGGAGCCGCAGCAGCAGCAGCAGCAGCAGCAGCAGCAGCAGCAGCAGCAAUUGCUGCCGAUGCAGCCACCGUCGUGCAGCAGCAGCAGCAGCAGCAGCAGCAGCAGCAGCAGCAGCAAUUGCUGCCGAUGCAGCCACCGUCGUCGCCCCAGACUCUGUCGGUGCAGCAGCAAGCAAAAAGCAUGA